CAACGAGGAUAUUUUUUUUUCCCCAUCUCAAAACACAUUUGCUUAAGUAAAUCAAACUGCAGUUUUAAAAACGGUGUUUGGGCAGUCGCCAAAUUUUCAAGCAUUUUGGUCAAAAAAGUAUAGCGUAAUUACGUUUGGAAUUCAGUGAAUGUGUUUGAAAGCACAGUAUUAGUUGUAUAAAAUAUUUAACACUUGCAGUCUGGAAAAUCCCAUUUCCUUGCAAUAAUUAUGAUAGGCUAUAUGAAAUAGGGGAAUGGUUGACUUGUUCCAUUUGAUAUUGACAAUUCUGGAAUUGAUUUAAAGGCUUUUUUUUUAGUUUUCCUUCCAGGGUGUUGUACCAUAUGUGCGUUUGCAUAUUUAUGUUUACUUUAAACAGUAUUUUCUCCAUGUUUACUCGUUUAUAUAGGUCGUUCCUGGAAUAGGUUUAUCCUGAAGUUGUGAGUGGGGCAGUUGGCGUGUUCUGCUUCGGUGCAGCGUGCUCCGCACACCCGCAUCCCACUGCCCAGCAUCCCGCCUGCCCUCGCUGCUCUGACAUGUCUCUUCUCUUAGGAAACGCAACCAACUCCUCACAUCACGGAGGCCCAGCAUGAAUGUUAAUUCUGCUGGUGGGACAGACUGGUCAAGAAAUCUGGAGUCCAGUUGCUCUGUGGAAAACGUAACGGUAGCAGUCCAUGAGUCAGAAGAAAGUAAUGUGGUGCUAGGAGGUCACAGCCCUGCUGCAGUUCCCAGGACUGAGGGUUUAGAUUCUGAAUGCCGACACACUGCUUGUCCAGUAAAUCCGCAGAUCAAUAGCAUGUUGUCUGCUCCUGAAGACACGCACAACUGUCACUUCCAAGAUGGAAAUAAGAGACAGUCAGAAUAUUUUAAUACGCAGGAACGCCAUGGAUGCUGCACUUUGUCUUCAACCAGCAAUUCACAAACAGCAGCUCCAGAGAAAGUGACGCUUGUGGUAGAUGGCACACGCUUUGCAGUGAAUCCACAGAUUUUCACUGCUCACCCUGAUACUAUGCUUGGAAGAAUGUUUGGACCAGGAAGAGAAUAUAAUUUCACCAGGCCAAAUGAAAAGGGAGAAUAUGAAAUCGCAGAAGGAAUUAGCUCAGCUGUGUUCCGGACUGUGCUGGAUUAUUACAAAACUGGAAUCAUUAACUGCCCUGAUGGGAUUUCCAUCCCGGACCUUCGAGACACAUGUGAUUACCUCUGCAUAAACUUUGAUUUCAACACAAUCAAAUGUCAAGAUUUAAGUGCUCUCUUACACGAGCUCUCCAACGAUGGUGCUCACAAGCAGUUUGAUAGCUACCUAGAGGAGCUAAUUCUGCCUAUAAUGGUGGAUAGCGCAAGGAAAGGGGAACGUGAGUGCCAUAUUGUUGUGCUGACAGAUGAAGACACCGUGGACUGGGAUGAAGAUCAUCCACCUCCAAUGGGAGAGGAGUACUCGCAAAUCCUUUACAGUUCCAAGCUGUACAGAUUCUUCAAGUACAUUGAGAACCGCGAUGUUGCAAAAGCAGUAUUAAAGGAACGGGGCCUGAAAAAUAUUCGCAUUGGCAUUGAAGGGUAUCCCACCUGUAAAGAGAAGGUGAAGAGGAGGCCUGGUGGCCGAUCCGAAGUGAUAUACAACUAUGUUCAACGGCCGUUCAUCCAGAUGUCAUGGGAAAAGGAAGAGGGCAAAAGCCGUCAUGUUGAUUUCCAGUGUGUUCGGAGCAAAUCUCUAACAAACCUAGUCUCUGUGGGUGAUGACGUUUCGGAGGACCAUGAGGUUAUAAUGCAUCACCCCCCACAAGUAGAUGAACUGGACAGGCUAAACGCACCGUUCUCCCAAAUGGCUGUUAACGAUCUACCAGAUUAGUCGUGGCUCAGGGUGGAUAGUCCUGCUUGGUGUGGGAACGUCUCAGCAUAGUUUCAUCCCCGGUGAUGGAACACAAACUCCUGCAAGGUGCUUUAUCCUCGUUCAUGCUCUUAUUACAUUGUCAUAUUUCAAGCAUGUUAAUAAAGAGCCACACACCAUAGUUUAACUGUGCAAUCAAAAGCAACAUAACCUCAAACAAAAAGAAAUUAUGCUGUUUGUUUCUACUACAAAAGCUUCCAGAUUGUUGGAUGCUGAAUAUUUUAGCUAAACUUCUAAAAGAAGAGCAGAGGUAUUUAGAAACAUCUUGUUUGACAUGAGAGAGGAAAAGUCUGGGCCUGUCAAGACAAAGCUUUCAUUUACCAUUAGGCACUUAGCUUUGCGUUUGUGAUAAUCAGUUACAAAGGACCGAACAUCAAAGCAGGACAGAUGAUCCUCUUUCAUCAACCAGCAGAAAUGUAGCACAGUUGUGACAACAGAAUCCUGAGUGUGGAGGAGUCUGUUUACACUGCCACCUGGCUUUGCAUCCAGCAUGUUGUACUGCUGGUCUGGGGAAGGAUGAACUAAUUCAAUAGGAAGCAUAUGCCUGUCCACAGGAAUUUCCCGUACAUACUUCUCUGUAAGAUGGAAGCAUUGUUUUUAGGGAUGUUGUCUGUUCAGUAAAACAAGUAGAUCAUGCGGAAGGAAAAAGCAAAAAAAGAAGAGACUGUAGUUGAUACCUUACCAACAAAGUAAAUCUGUUUAGUAGCCUAGUAGAUGUAAGAAGCUUUCUAGUGGUGACUGUGCAUGCUAAAGACUUUAAGUUGUCUCCUCCAUCCCCCUGCUAAGAUGAAAAAAGCCAGUGGGAGGAGCUCCCAGUACAGACAGUUUGCUACCCGAGUAGAAUCCUUGAUCUCGUCAACCUUAGUCAGUCAGAAUUCCUGUAGACUCUCCAAGGAGCACUCUACCGUUGGCAGCUUUAAAAGGUCAGCUGCUUUCUUCCCAGUUUGGAACUGACUGGACCAUUUUGCUGUCAGGCAGGUAAGAAAUACCGAUAGUAAACCAGCCUUCAGUAGAGAAAAAUACACAUACCUGGGAACAACUCCCCUUUGCUGCUCUGAACGUUAUCCUAGUCUGUGGUUAAGGCUCUGUUCAUUUUGGAUUCCGGGCCCACAAAGCUGUAAGUAGUGACACACUCCAGGCUGGUUUAGGUCAGUUACGUGGAAGUCUCGCUGGUCCUGUUCCUGCAGCAUGGAGUUAUCUGUAGGCUUCCUUAACCCCUGAUUAGCACGGUGAAUUCCUGAUGGCCACAACAGAGCCGCACAUCAGGCAGAACGAGCCUGCCUUGCAAAGCCAUCAUUUCCAGUGGCUCUGUAGAGGUGCAGCGUACCCAGAGCGGAGUACUUAAAUGUUCCCUCACGAGGUUCUUAAGUGACCUUCUGCUCUUGCAAUUGACUGCUGCUCGAACCUGUACCACUUACACGUUGAGUUACCUUUGCAAAACAGAGGUAGGUAUCGGUCUGCCUCUAGAAGGUUUAAUCCCUUGUUGUCAGGGUUGUAUCAUCAAGCAAAUUUUUAUUAUCCUUAGUCUUGUCUGCAAAGUGUGUGGUAGAGUUAGCAUUGAAGAUUGCCGUUAACUGUUUGCUGCUAAUGAUGUUUGGUUUUUUCAGUGUAAGUAAUAUGACAAUAUCGAGCACGAAUUUUCCUGAAGAUUUACGAGUAUUGUUGUAGUUACGAGUAAGAAAAUCUCUGCCAAGGCAUGUACUUGCUGAUACAUUUAGUUCCCAUUUGUAUGGAUACAGGUUCCAUUCUUUGCAGUGUUUCUCUUUUUGCUUCUUUCCUAAGUGCAGUAAAUGGGUUUCUUCUUUUUAUAAGUGCCUAUGGGAAGAUUUCCAAAAGCGCUUUAGGACCUCCUGAGAGUCCCAGGGGUUCAGAUGCCCAGGUCCGCCUGACUAUUUUUGCAAAUUUCUCCCUGUGUGUCAUUGGAUCAGUAUAGUGAAGUGUCCUUCAGUAUCUGCACAGAGGUGGUGUGCAGUCACUUACCAUUAUUGCUCUAGAUGAAUUUCUAUUUUUGUAGUAGAGAAAGGAAGACAUAUGGACCGUUAACCUUCCAGCUAAGGGCCAGACCAACCCCAUUACUUGCCUUGGUAACGAGCGGUUCCCACAAGUCGAGCAAAGGCACUGGUGAGGCUGUCCGCCCAGCAAUGAUGGAGCUUGCCCCCCCAGCCCCAUGGAUUAUUUUUGUGUGUGUGUGUAUAUUUAUUUUUACAGCAGUGUAAGUUUUAAGUAAAUGUGUAUUGGUAUUGACCAGCUGCCUUGGAGCUGGAGUUUUAUAUGUGUUCCGCUCGAAGGACCUGAAGUGUGCGUGGUGGUGAGCACCACCCUGCAGGACUGUGUCAAGGCGUCAUCUGACUUUGACAACACUUGAUGGGAUCUGACACCUAAGUACCGUACUCAGCCAGAACAGAUCCCACCAGCGUCUGUCCCUGAGCCCAGGGUCAGCUAAGGCCUCUUGAAGGAUUUGGCGAGUUUAUUAAAAAUAGUGAUCGCAGGCACUUAACUGCAGCAGGCUGUUGCCUGAGAGCUAAGGCCUGUCAGUGCCUUGUGGGAGCUUGUUGGUUCUCUGUGUGAUCAACUGGACCUGGAGCUAUUCAGCCUCCAUGAUUUCCGUGCAGUUUUUACCACUCCCAGUUGUUUAUUGGCUUUCCCAAGAAAAUAAAGAUUAAUUCAGGAUUUAAUUAUAUUUUUUUUUUUAGUAGAGUGAGUCCCAUUGGAAUACGAAAUCAAAUUGAAAAAGUACACAUUUGCCUUCCUUCUCUCAUGGUCACCUACUUCAGCUACAAGGUCAAGUUUUGUCUUAUUCUAGAUAUACUGAACUGUUACCCCUGGUGUGUUUGAACUACAGAUGUAUGGUUUCUUUUCUGUAUUAAAGUAUAAAUUAUA